AGAACUUGUGGCCGUGUCAGCCCUCACUCUCUGAUGGGUGAGCCCCAAUUGUCCAUUCAUAACACCACCAGUACUCUUUCUCAACCCUACCCUUUGUAGGCCCCACCCCACCAUCACACACCCACAUACAAACCCUUUCUCCUCCUCCUACCCCUCCUCCUUUCUCAAUUUCUCCUCCACCUCCCACCUCCCGCCACCUCCUGACCAUCCACCAGCCAGCCCCGCACCUCCUCCUGCAUAAAACACUGGGCACAUAAACUACAUAGCUAGCAUAAUUCAAUUUUCUUGAUGGAUAAGAGUGAAAGAGAGACUCACGACUUCAUGAACGUGGAGUCCUUCUCUCAGCUACCUUUUAUCCGCCCUGCACUCGUCAAAGAAAAGGGCAUUCGCCUCUUUGGCAUAGAAUUCGGAGGCAACGUCGACACUAUUGCAGCGGCUGAUGAGUCUGCGUCCGCCGAAACCAAUGAAGACACUGCAAAAGAAAGCGAAAGUAGUGGAGAUAACAAUAGAAGAUUUGAGUGUCAUUACUGUUGUAGAAAUUUCCCUACAUCUCAAGCUUUGGGUGGCCAUCAAAACGCGCACAAAAGAGAACGCCAGCACGCAAAACGGGCUCAUCUUCAGUCGGCAAUGGUUCACAAUAGCCUCUCUGACGCUCAUAUUUAUGGGCUGGUAAAUUACAGGAUAGGCUCAACUCCUACCCCAACCAUGUCUUACCCUUCAUGGAAUAGCCACGCCAAUAGUUCUAGGUUUUAUGGUAGCCAUGGCUCCUACUCUCAGCAGCCCAUCAAUGGGAGUCCAUUAGGCCUGUUGCGGUUCCCAGCCGCUCACGGUAGUGCUACUCAUCAUCAAGACCGUUCUGUGCAUCCCUUGCCUUUGUUUGCAGGCGAGGAGUUGAAGCCUUCGCAGGUGGGUGGCUCUAGCUCGCAGGGACAGUAUGGAUACGAGUCAAAGCCAAGCGUGCAAGACCAUGUGAGUUUAGAUCUUCAUCUGUAAUUCGAUAUAUAACUUGAACAAAACGAGAAACUGAGAUUUUCUUUAGCUGCUAAUUAAUUAAUUAAUCUUUUAUCAUGCAAAUGAGACAAUUCUAAUUAAGAACACCCAUUAGCCUUUUCUA